UUUUGUACAUGGUUUGAUCAGACUUCUUGGAGCAAAUGCACAAUGUCAGUAUAUGCGGCUGAAAUUGUAGUUAACUUUAUCUUUAGUUCAAGGGAUCUCAUUGUUUUCCAUUAUAACUUGUUGAGAUGUAUUGUUGUUCAUCAUCAUCAUUACCCCAGUGCCACAAAGGAGGUCAAGCUUAGGCAGUCCCGCCUUCAAAAUCAUUUUGAACACAUGCGAUUUCCAGGUGUGGGAAGAGUCACUCUUCUUUGCUAUGGUAAGCGUGCUCCUAGGAGCCUUUACUUUAAGUCAGAAAGAAAAGAGAAAAAAAAAAAGGAUGACACCCCAUCCCGGCCCCCCAACACUGACCGGACGACACGAUGGGAGGAUGUAAAUUGGACUAUAAUCACAAUCUGACAGAUAGAGAGUGAGGCUCUGUCCCCGAUACUUGCAGAGGCCCUAUGCAUUUUUCAGCACAGUAACCCCUCAUCGCAGUUGCCGGGAUUCAAACCCGAGACCUAACCCUUGUGGCACUCCCUUGCUACCAGUUGGGCUACGCCCACCGGUAAUGCAUCGACAAGGAGGAGGAGGAAGCCCAAUAGGUCCGACAAGAAAGUGAAGAAAUCUGAUUUUAUACAUUCUUUUUUAGGUAGAUUCUAUGGUACCCUUAAAGUAUCAUACAUUUGUCCACAUUGACCAAUAGGAAUGAUGCAGUUGAAUUAAUUAAAUCUAAAUUAAAAGGAAUAGAAUGAUUUGGACCAAUCAAAUGCAUGAUAAGUACGGUACCCCAAUUUUUAAAAGGGUAGAGGAGUUGUUUUGAUGCUUUUUAAUGAAAUGUUGGCCUCACUAUACGUAGUACAUUUUGUAUGAGCAAAAAAAGCUGGUUUAGAUACUUGCAAACAUGACUUUUUAAUUGUGAUGUACAUAGUCUAUCUCAGAUUUGAAAAAAAAGAUCACCAUUCACCUAAGCAUUUUGUCAAACAUUAGGGGAUAAAAAAAACUACAGAAACAUAGAUUUAUAAAUAAGCAUAGCAAGUUAUUAUUAUACGGAGUUUGUGACUCCUGAGAUUUAUAAUAAGCAUAGCAAGUUAUGAAAAAAUAACAUAGAUUUACUAAUGGAGAAGCUGAUUCAGAGAUGGAAACGGAGCUUGAAGUAACAGAUUGAGAGAUGGUGAUGAAGCUUGAUACGAAGCAUUAAUCGGAUGGAGAAACUGAUUGAGAGAUUGUAAUGGAGCUUAAUAGGAAGCUUGAAUCGGGAGGAAGGGUUUAGGAUUAUGAGAGAAACAGUAUGGUUCGAGAAAGAGGUAAGGAGGGUAGGCCUGUCAAUGGGUCGGGUCUAGACCCGGACCCGACCCGAACCCGGUUAUUUUUAAUGGGUAUGGGUCUAUGUUUUAUUCCGUUUACCCGGACCCGGACCUAGGGAUGGAUUUAGGGGGGGGCGCGGGGGGGGCGACCGCCCCCCUUGGACAUUCAAUUUUUUUUACCAUAUAUGUAAUAUUUUCAUAAAACUUUCAUAAUUUAAUUAUAUUCGCCCCCCUUAGCUUUUAAUUUUCAAAAUUAGUAUAUAGUCUUACAUAAUGUAAUACUUAAUUGAAGAUUUAAAAGAAGAAACAUCUAAAAUAAUUUACAUAACUUAAACAAAUAAACAAUAGAGUAACUCGUUAUUUAAGAUUUAGGAUACUUAUUAUAUAAGAAUUCCUAGUUUUGUAAUGUUUAAUUAUCUUUAUUAGAUAACAAGUACAAGAUUUUGUAAAACAUAUAUCAAACAAUAUUAAAUACUAGACACACUAAUUACACAAUUUUUAGAUCACGUGAAAUGAAUCCAAAAUAUAAAUAUUUAUAGACAUCAGAUUACAUAAUUC